GACGCCCUCUUCGGGGGGAAUGGCAUAUGUAUAAAAAGGCUGUAACAAGUGCAGCAGCUUCAGAAGUCGAUCUCGAACCCAGCUUGUCAAAACCGCGUUGCAAUUCCAUCUUCAUCACCAGCCAGUCCCGUUUUGCGAGACAGUCACUCGACUAGAACACAACCGAUUCACGAUAACAAGGAGGCUACCACCUCGGGAAAGUUACUCAGAGUGGAAACUAACAAAUUCAGCAGCAGUGCUUGAAUCUACCGCUUCAUUAGCAAUGGCCACGAUCGUAACUUCUGGGCUAUCAGAAACAUUUUUCGGUCUGUUAAGCGUCAUGUCGUUGCUAUGUGCCACCAGCGUCAAAUCCUCACCAGUGAGUACCGUUGUUAUCUCGACGUUCGACCCUACCACGAGUGUGGAAGCCAGCACCUUCCAGGUGCCAUGUGAACCCACGGGUACAUCAACGUACACGUCUACCUCCAACGUCCAGACCACUUACGACAUUCUCUCCAUUUAUACAAGCUGCUUGGUCAGAAAAUCAUCGUCAGUUUUCAAGCGAUAUGAGGAAGAGAGGUUUGGGGAGCCGUUGUACCCGCUGAUGGAAGUCUCACUACCCGAUAUUACCACCUUGAGUACACCGGGCUUAUGUGGAGCUGACCGUUUAGCUACUCACUACUUCAUCCUGGAUGGCUUCAAGAAAGCGAUGGUUGGUGUAAUGAAAGAUGAAGAGCAACACAACGGCAGUCGUAAUUUCGGGGGCGAGUUUAAAAAUAUGAACCGCCUACUAGGCAAAGUGCUGCAGGGAACCCGCGAAUUGAUUUGUUCAAAUGGGCUUCAGGGUGAGAGUCAAAUAGAAGAAGUGCAGGGCGUCUUCUUCGAGCCAGUGAACAGGGAGAUUUUGAGGAGUGUACGAGAUUAUACGGUACUCCAUCGGAUCAAUGAGUACGUUAAACAGCUCAACUUCGAUAUUCUGGGCAACAUCGGGUCUGCAGAUGGGUCUGCUAUGGAGAGUGAUUGCGUCAAGCCUACUGUGUGAGCGCUGAAGGGGGAACCCAUGGUAUCAACAAGCGUGCGGCGCGGAGGCCCUGUGAGUGUUUGAGCCAUCUAUUUUGGCGUGCACCGGUCAUCUUUCACGAGAUAAGGUCGAGCUGGGAGUGAGCGUUCCAGCUCGACCGAUGUUGCCCGAGAGUUCAAUUCCUGACGCAAUACUUGGACUCCUUUGAUGAGGAUGUAAACCGUACCUUAGCAGAGCAUCACACAGAGUAGAGACCUCAUCUGGUAACAUCAGCCUGUUGAAAAUGCUUCAGAAUGUAGCUGUUGUUGAGUGGCUGUGGGAUUUUAUUGGAUUUUCCUGAGAACAUGAGGCCUUAAUCCUUCAAUACGGUAAAUUCUUCGAAAAUCUCCCACAGCCAUUCAUCAAGCAGAAAACCAGGAUUAAGCCAACUUUAUGCAGCUUGAAGAAGAUUACAACUGUCUGCCAUUUAAAUUCAAUCAUUCAAUUAUCAUUCCAAUUUAAAAAGAGAAUGUAGGAUUUUUUUCUGUCGCCGGACUGACUUUGUUUUAAUGGGUGUGUUUCCAGCUUAAGGUAGCUCUUCUGAAAACUGCAAAUACCUCACUCUAAGAAACAUUCACAGAAUGAAACUAUGCAAGUACUAUUUUUGCAAACCAUGCAUUGUACUUGAUCAUUGCGGUGUCAUAAUGUGACAUUCUAGAGGUAUUGUGAAAAUCUAUUGUUUAAUCGUGUAAGGGUUGUAAAUAUUAUUUAUUAUUGAAGAGAUUUAUAUAUUUUGGAGAUACCUUUUAUACAAAUCUGUUUUCAUAUUCCAGGUAACUUGGAAUGAAGCAUGGGGAGUUAUUUUCAUUCUACAUCUUUUAACUUGUGAGUUUCAAACGUUAUUGUUGCCCCAACACCAACAAAGACACUAUUACAACGACUGAUAUAUUUUUCUAUGAGACUGUGAGUUAAAGGUGAAUGUUUAAGAAAUGUAGGAAUAUUUUCAUGCAUUUGCUCGGCCCGAAAUGUGAUUUUGAUAUACAAUCCCACCCGCUGUUGAUCUAUAUUUAGAUUUCGGGUGGGCUGAUCCCCUCAUCAACUUGGAAUACGUCUCUCUGGAAAUUGUAAUUUAAAAAGUUAUAUAUGUUAAAUGUAGCGAUAUUUUUAACCACUGCAGUUUGCUGUUUUUAAUAUGUACUCAUGACGGAAAUCAGUGCAAUAGCCCAAAUAUUUGAUAGUAUUUUGAUGACUGAUUUUAAUUAUACUAGAGUUUGGUGAACUGAAUAUCAGUGUGUUAAUUAGCAGUUGAUGUCUGCAGUGUUUCGCAAAGUCAAGUGCCAUGUAAGAGGCUUAAUACCGGUACGUAAUAUGAACCAACUUGGGUAGGAAGCCGAAUUCUUGAGCUGACAAAAACAGAAAUUUGCCCUGCACAAAGUACUUGCCAAACAGUUGACUGACCACAAUGGCAAACGAUUAGUGUUUUACAAAGCUAUGGAUCUCCAUGGCGUUGGUGUCCGGUGCACAUAGCGUACUGUCCCCAUCAUGGCACUGAAUAAAUCUACUUUGUAUAGAUAUAUGGACAUCCAUUAUUUGGAAACGCCUGCAGGAAAAUCCCUCAAACAUCCAUUUUGUUGCGGUAAUGCAGCAACUUCAGAAAGUGUACCAGCUAGUGCUCCAUCUCUGUCUAGCAUUUAUGUAUUCUUUAUCAAAUUAAUGAAUCAACUACUUAACCUUUUAUUUUGAUCUGAGGGUGUUUAACUGAUAUACUCGAUCUUCAGAUAAAUGGGUCCAUUCCGUCAAGUAUUCUUCCUACGCCUUAUGUACAUUUUUUUUCUAAUUCUGCCUCCCCUUUGUAGCAUUUGUUUAUACCAAAAAGUGUAUAUAAGUCUCCGUGUAAUUUAUUUGAGCUUAACUUAUUUAUUUAUUUAUUUCAUAGACAGGUUUUGUUCAUCCUCAAUG